GGAGGAGGCGGCAGAGGCGGCAGCAUCGGAGGGAAGGGCGGGGAGGAUGAAGUUCCCGGCCUCGGUGCUGGCCUCGCUCUUCCUCUUCGCGGCGGAGACGUCCAGCGCGCUCUACCUGAGCUCGACCUACCGCUCGGCCGGGGACGGCAUCUGGCAGGCGCUGACGCUGCUCUUCGCCCUGCUGCCCUGCGCCCUGGUCCAGGGCAGCCUGCUCUUCGUCCACCGGGACCUCAGCCGCGACCGGCCCCUCGUCCUCCUGCUCCACCUGCUCCAGCUCGGGCCCUUCGUCAGAUGUGUGGAAGUCUUCUGCAUUUACUUUCGUGCAGGCCGAGUGGAAGAGCCUUAUGUCAGCAUCACCAAGAAGAGGCAGAUGCCAAAAGAUGGGCACUCAGAAGAAAUUGAAAAGGAAGUGGGCCAGGCAGAGGGCAAGCUCUUUACACACAGAUCUGCAUUUAGUCGAGCAUCAGUGAUCCAAGCUUUCCUAGGCUCUGCGCCUCAGCUGACGCUUCAGCUGUACAUAUGUGUUCUCCAGCAAGAAAUCACUGCAGCUAGAAGCAUCUUCAUGACCCUUUCUCUCCUGUCUAUUGUAUAUGGAGCACUGCGAUGCAACAUCCUGGCCAUUAAGAUCAAGUAUGACGACUACGAUGUGAGUGUCAAACCAGCUGCUUAUCUCUGCAUCUUCCUCUGGAGGAGCUUUGAGAUAGCUACAAGGGUGAUAGUCCUUGUCCUCUUCAGUUCCGUCCUUCAGAUCUGGACCCUUCCUGUGGUGCUUGUGAACUUCUUUGCCUUUUUCUUUCACCCAUGGAUUCUCUUCUGGCAAAGUAAAUGUACUUUGCCAGAAAAUAUAGAGAAGGCUUUGAGCAAGGUGGGCACCACCAUUGUCUUAUGCCUUCUCACUUUCCUGUAUGCUGGUAUCAAUAUGUUUUGCUGGUCAGCUGUUCAACUGAAGCUUAACGAUGCUGAUUUAAUUGACAAAUCUCAAAACUGGUGUAGGUUGGCUUUAUAUUACUUACUGAGGUUUCUUGAGAAUGCUUUUCUCUUGUUGAUGUGGUAUAUGUACAAGACGGAUAUCUACACUUAUGUAUGUGCCCCAAUGCUGUUCCUGCAGUUGCUCAUUGGCUAUUGCAUAGCUGUCCUUUUCAUGCUUGUGUUCUACCAGUUUUGCCACCCAUGUAAAAAGCUUUUCUCCUCCAAUAUUUCAGAAGGAUUGGUGCUAUGCUUCAAGUUCUUUUGUUACGUCUGCAAACCUCUUGCAUCUAGCUCUUCAGUGGAAAAGGCAGACUUGAAAUCCACAGAGGAUACUGAAAAUGACACCCUUGCCAGUUACAAAGCAAAUGAAACCCAGAAUGGAAAUGUCCACCAAAGUGUUUCUUCCAAUGCUUAGACCAGGUAUUUGAUGUUCAAGAAUUGACACAUAUAAGGUAAACAUCACAUAGCCAUAGAUCACUGCCUCCAAGCCAUGUGUGUCUCACUCUGAGGAAGUGAUAAUGUCUAUUUCGCUAUUUGUCAUUGGAUAUGUUUAAGAAGAUAGUUGUAGGUUUUGCAUGGAAGCAUGUCUUCUGAUUAUACCUUGGGUUAUCAUGGUACGAGGCAUGUUGUGUUAGUAAGCUGCUGCAAUACAGGUUUGGCUGUUCACCCUAUAUGAAGAUAAAAUGGAGUAUUAGUCAUUAUUGGUCACACCUUCUGGAUAAUUUGCUAUACAAAGUGCUGAAUUUAGAUCGGGGGGGGGGGGUGUUAAACAUCCUUUCAUUGCUUUGGAAUAGACAAUAUAGUUUCAAAGUGGCUGGCAAAGGAACUCUUUUUCAUACAAAAAUUUCAAUUCAUCAAUGGAAAAGAGAAGGAUGGAAAGCUCAUGAGUUUUCUUUAAAUAUUUAUAUAGACCGAGCCCCCCUCCCCCAUGCCAGAUUUUUUUCCCUGUGAUGUAUUGUAUGAAUUUAUCUCAUCUAUGCUGAUCUGAGUGCAGAAUGGAAGAUGCAAGAAGAACUUGACUGCUUAAUUUAAGCCAUUGGUGUUCCUCCUCCCCUCUACCAACCUGAUUUUCCUUCUACAUGCCAUAGAUGUUGACUGUCUCAAAAAGGCAGUUUGAAGACUUGGUUUUAAGAUUUGUUUCUGUGAUAUAUUUGCUUGACUUGCUUAAUUGUGUUAUUACUUUGCACAGUACUGAAAAAGGCUUUGGUGGGUGGGCACAAUGUACAGCAGUAGCUAAGGGAAUGUUAAUAUUAUUGGAAGACAGUGCUAGCAGUGUUUUAUGGUCAAUAACUGCUGUUUCAUAUAAAUAUUUCCAUUACAUCAAAGCUAACAGGUCUAAAAACAAGAUAAAUGAAAUAGGAACUGUAAAGCAAUGUAAGACAGAAAAGCAUUUAUUUGCCAAUCAAUAAGAAAGAUCUGUUCUUGUUACUGAAGUGCUGACAUUUGUUUGCACCAUAGUUACUAAAUCCAAAGUGGUUCUAAACUGGUCCAGGGUGGCAUCAUUCCUCAACAAUCCUCAAAUAUGCAUCACCUUCAGCCCAGUUCUCAAGCAAGUGCCACUAGCCUUAUCUUGAAGAGUACCACCCAGUAUAGUAGGUGGGACCAGCAGUCAAGUAUUAGGAUUACAAAUAUGUAUAACAUUUUAUCUUUUUAUAUCAGGUAUAAUACUGUUAGAGUAUCUGUUCACAUGUAGCCAAGUUCUGGAAUAUUAUUCCCCUCCAAGAGGAACUGGUCUUACUGUUUUAUAUUUGGUGGACUGAUUUCCUUCCAGAAUAAAAUUCCUGAUCUUUGAAAACAGUUGUUGGCUGUAAUGAAUCAUGUUUGGGACAAGUUCUGUUCUAUGAGACAGAAGACACUGCUGGGCAGAGACUGUUAAUGUGGCAUUCAGGUAGAACUGUGUGUGCUACACAGUCUGCCCCCAGCCACCAAAGCUGAAUCAUGGCAUUACUAUUGUUAA